AUGUCUGACAUGAAGGCUUCCGUCCAGGAGACGCCCAAGGGCUUCCACGUUGAAGGCUACGAGAAGAUCGAGUACGACUUCAGCUUCGUAGACGGCGUCUUCGAAAAGGAGCAUGCCGACCUGGCCGAGUGCUUCUCCCGCUGGCGGCGCUGCCUGGCCAUCAUGGAUCUGAACAUCUUCAACCUGUAUGGCAAGCAGAUGCAGGAGUACUUCGAGCACCACGGCGUGGAGCUUAAGAUCCACAAGACCAUGAUUGGAGAGAAGGCGAAGAGCAUUGAGACGUUCUUGAGCAUCGUUGAUUCGAUGAAUGAGUUUGGCAUCAUCAGGAAGGAACCAGUUCUAGUUGUCGGAGGCGGACUGGUUACCGACGUUGCUGGUUUCGCUUGUGCUGCGUACCGCCGCAACACCAACUACAUUCGCGUACCGACCACGGUCAUCGGCCUGAUCGACGCCUCCGUCAGCAUCAAGGUCGCUGUCAACUAUGGCAACUACAAGAACCGCCUGGGCGCCUACCACGCCCCGAUGCACACAUUCUUGGACUUCGGCUUCCUUCGCUCUCUGCCUGUGGCACAGGUCCGGAACGGCUUCGCAGAGCUCAUCAAGAUCUCCAGCUGCGCUCACCUGCCAACAUUUGACCUGCUCGACAAGCAUUGCGAGGACCUGAUCAACACCGGCUUCGGUCGCACCGAUGACGCGAAGAAGGAAGUCCGCGAGGCAGCGGACAAGAUCAACCGCAGUGGAAUUUACGAGAUGUUGAAGCUCGAGACUCCCAACCUGCACGAGAUCGGACUUGACCGCGUGAUUGCAUACGGCCACACCUGGUCACCCCUCCACGAGCUCAUCCCAUCCAUCCCUCUCCGCCACGGCCACGCCAUCAGCAUCGACAUGGCCUACAGCGCCACCCUCGCCAACCAGCGCGGCCUCCUCUCCGACGAGGAACACCAGCGCCUGCUCAAGCUCUUCUCCCGCGCCGGCCUGUCAAUCGACCACCCGGACUUCGACGAGCACGUCCUCGACAAGGGCACCGCCGCCAUCCUCAAGACGCGCGACGGCAAGCUCCGCCUCGCCGUCCCGCACCCGCUCGGCAGCUGCGUCUUCAUCAACGACGUCGAGAAGGAGGAUCUCGAGAAGGCGCUGCGAAAGCACAAGGAGAUCAUGAAGAGCUUCCCGCGUGAGGGUGCGGGUAUUGAGAGUUUCGUCGAUGCUUCCGAUACCGGGUACACGAUGAAUGAGGCUCCUACGGAGCAGAACGGCAAGCAUGCCGAGGAGCACGGCGUUACGGCUGGACUGAAGAAGGCUGUUAUUAACGACGACGCCUCGAAUGGUCAGGCAAACGGUGGGCUCGGUGCUACGAAUGUGGACGGGUUCACUGGCGACCCGAAGUCUGCGGUCAAGCAUGCUGCUGGUGUUGAUGCGGAUAGUGCUAUGACGAACGGCGGUGCGCAGGUGACGGAUAAGACGAAUGGAGUGUCGAAUGGUGUUAACGGGAAGCACUAG